CCGUUGCGCAGUGGCACUCGCAGCAUAAAAUCUGAAAUUGAACAUUUAAGGUUUGGAUCAGCACUGACAAUCAAUUAGAAAAGGCACACAAUUCACAUCUCAUCAACUGCGUUCCUGAGUUCGCUCGCUCCAUCUACUCAUCCUAACCGAAUCACUUUAGAGGGGGGAAGACCAUGGACGAGCUCAACAGAGAACUCUUUGGAUCCUCAUGCAGCGAUUCCGAGUCUGAGACUGCACCGGAAGAUACAGCGAUAAAGACAGCACACACUACUUCACAAGCGAUGCAGGAACGCACACCAACAGAAGAACACUACCAGGUCAAAGAUAACGACCACGGUGAUUUGAUCAUGGGUGCAUAUCCAGUAUUCCGAAGCAUCAUGGAAAGUCGCGAUUAUGAUAACCACGGUGAUCUGGCCAUGGAUACAGAUCCAAUAUUCCAAAGCAUCAUGGAAAGCUGCGAUAAUGACGCGGAAACCCAUUCGAGAGAUAACCUCCAAUCCCUUGUUUCCCCGCCUCCACGUCAUGAUCCGCAUCCUCACAUACCUGGACUUUGUCUUCACACAAACAUACUUUCCAAUGCGGAUCAAGCCAUGCUAAUGGCCCAGAUCACCGAGAAGAACUUCUUCAAGGGUGGUCAACAGAACCAGGCCAUGUGCUUUGGAAGGCACGAUCUUGCCUGGCUUGCAUGGUUGGAGGAACGGAUGAUAGAAAGAGGUGUGCUCUCAGAACCCCACUGUCGCACGGACUGGACGCGUCGUACACCGAUCUUUGAUCAAAGUAUCAUGAAUCUGUACUAUCCAGGUGACGGUAUCAAGGCCCAUGUCGAUCUUGCACGAUUCGAAGAUGGUAUUAUCAUCGUCUCGCUCUUGUCCGCGAUCAACAUGAAUUUUUCCCCUGCAUUGAUACCCAUGUCUCCCGAUGACCCUCCCGAAGGUACCUCUCCUGCUGCUGCCUCAAAUACGUACGCCUCGAAGCCUUCCAAUCCUCGUGUCAAGGAACGGCAGCCCAAUUUCACUAUUCGUCUCGAACCUGGAUCGGUUAUCAGCAUACAAGGCCCUGCUCGCUAUGAGUGGGAGCAUGGCAUCCAAGAGACGAAACAGGAUCUGGUGAACGGCGAGUGGGUGCAGAGAAGGAUCAGAGUGAGUGUGACACUGCGAAAGAUGCGGUCGUCUUCAUGGGAAGUCGGGCCAACUGCGCUCGAGAAUGGAGUUGCGGAUAGAAAAUAAAAAAGUAUGGUAC